AUGAAAUCUAAUCAUCUUAGAUUAAAACCUAAAUCAGAAGAGGAGCGAUUUGCAUAAAGAUUAUAACAAAUGAAAAGAACUUGGCACCUCGAAUCACAGCCAAAUCAUGGAUUAUUGUGGAUUCAUUCUCUGGCGAUAAGAGAAAUUGCCUCAAUCACUAAAAUCAUGACAUUCUAUGUUGUACUAAAUAUGUGUCGCACCAUGAAUGUGCAUACUAAUAAUACAUAUGCGGAAGUUAGUCUGUAGGCCAGUCUAGUUGGUGGCACUACUGCAGAUCUACUAAAAGGGGAUGUGGUUUCUAUUGAGGAUUUAUUUUAUGGUUUGAUGUUACCAUCCGGAAAUGAUGCUGCAAUGACAUUAGCUGAAAAUUUUGGAAAGAAUCCUUUGAUUUAUUUUAUUCAAGAAAUGAACAACAAAGCCAGAGAAUUGCAAAUGACUCAAACCACUUAUGCCAAUCCUCAUGGACUUAAUAAUAAAAAUAAUGUCUCAUCAGCUUAUGAUGUUUCGAAGCUGUGCAAUCAAUUAUUAAAGGAUGAAUUCUUUCGGAAAGUAGUAAAUACUAAAAUCCAUUUCACUACAAUUCAAGAUGAAGAAGGAUUUACUAGAGAUGUUAUAUGGGAAAACACAAAUAAAUUAUUGUAUUAAGGAUUCAAAGGAAUCAAAACUGGUAAUACCUCUGUAGCUGGCCCUUGUUUAGCUAGCUACUACUAAACUGCUAGUAGAUCUUUUACAAUUGUUAUUUUGGGAUGCAGAAAUUAAGAAGAUAGGUGGUCAGAAACUAUGUAGUUGUUACAAUGGUGUUUAUCACAAAUCUAAUGAUUUUAUAUAUAACUUAAUAUACAUAUUGCAAUA